AUGAACACGGUUCUGGCCCGCUCGGCCUUCACCGCGCGUGCUGCUGCGCAGGCGCGCGGCGUGACGGCCCUGCGCCCGCGCGCCGCACCGGUGGCCCCGCGUGUGUCGAAGGCCCGCAACGUGGCGCGUCGGGCUGGCGAGGAGUCGUCCGUGGACGUCGAGAGCAUCAUCGCCGAUGCCAAGGCCUCCUGGGACAAGGUUGAGGACAAGACGACGGCCAUCAUCUACGUCGUGGGCGGCAUCGUGGCGCUGUGGCUGGCGAGCACCGUCGUGGGCGCCGUGAACAGCGUGCCGCUGCUCCCCAAGCUGAUGGAGCUCAUCGGGCUCUCGUACAGCGCCUGGUUCGUCUACCGCUACCUCCUCUUCAAGUCGUCCCGGCAGGAGCUCGUCGCCGACAUCGAGGACCUGAAGAAGAAGAUCACGGGCGGCAACUAG